UGCUCGUAUAAAUAGGCCGCCAUUUGUUAUUGUCGGAGUGCGAGAAAGUGUCGCCUAGUGAUUGCAAUGAAAAAUGAAUUGUGAAUCUUAAAUGCUAGAUGUCGGCUCUGUACAUGUUCAGAAAAGCCGCUCAUGGAGAUAUUAAGAAGUCGGCGCAGAAAGUGUUGGAUAACAAAAAGGAUCCUCCAACCAGAUUGAAGCAUUUGCGUGUACUUCUAGACUAUUAUGACAUCCAAGAACAGAAAGGCUUCUUUGAAGAGAAUUUCUCACAUAUAUACUAUAUAUUUUAUGAUGUCUUUGUCAAUGUUGAGACUGAAUUGAAGCAAAGAGCCAGUAAGUCUCAUCGAGAAGAGCUUGAAGCUAUUCUCCAGAUCUUUGAGAAAAUUCUAGUUCUUUUACCUGAGAAGAUUCACAAAAAAUGGAUGUUUCACAAUAUUGGUCGAAUUAUGAAAAAAUUGCUUCAUCCAAAGAAUGGGUUAAAGCUGCGUCGAGAAGGCAUGAGGCUGUUUAUCAUCUGGUACCAGAUUUUGCAGGAAAAUGCAUCUGAGGAAUGCCAUAAUGUUUUCCUUUACUUAGUUCCUGGCCUCAGUUGUACUAGUUUAGAGGAUGUCUAUAGCAGAAUGGGCUUCAAUGACAACAACAAUGAUCUUGGAGUUGUCAGUCCUGGUGAAAUUUCACCCAUUCUUCCUGCUGUUGGAGAGAAACUUCCAGAAAAUACAACAAAAUUUUUUCUGGAUGCCUUUCUAGCUUAUCUGGUAUCUGAGGUUAUCAAAGUAGAAUGGUUGAACAAAAGUAUGAGGGAAACCAGUUUUGUAUUUUUAUUUGACAAAUUCAAAAGUUCUUAUCUGAAAUGGUUGCUACCUGAUUUUGAUUUUUCACGCAGUAUAUACGACCCUCCUUUAGAAUUACCAAAGAAUCGGAGAAUGCAAGACCUCAAAAGUCAAGAUAGGCCAUUAAAUAUUUCAGAAUGCCGGGAUUCCUUUGUCCGUUGGUUGUCUACAUUUGUGAUCUCCACAAAGCGAACUGAGAAUACAAUGACAAAGGGUUUGUCCUGUUCUCUGCUGACCGAGCAAAGUCAUCAAACGGAAGUAGAGACGUGUGCUGUGAGUGAACCAAAAGCGGACAGUGACCAGCUGGUACCCGGAAGUGCUGCCAGUACUUUAUCAACAGGCUCACAAUGUACAGAUAACUCUACAAAUUCUAGUAUAUAUAACGAAGACCAUAGUCUUUCAGAAUAUGAAAUUGUGAAAUCAGUUUUGUUUUCUACCCGAGAAAAUGUCAACGUUGUCCAUGAAGCAUUCCGACAGGCGUUGUUGUUUUCUUUUAACCAUGCUUUAGCAAUGAGAAGAGUUAUUGCUGUCUAUAAAGACUGGUUUCAGCAGCAUGCCGAAGAACUGCCGGUAUUCAUGCAGGAGCCAGUGGAUGAGGGUCAGGGGUGUGGGCUGAGGGAGGACAACACCGAGUUGAACCAGCAUAGUCUUUCAGAUAUAAUGGAGGAAGAUGAAUCUCCUGCAUCUUCGAAUUCCCGUUUACCUUUGGUCAACGAUCUUCCUGACAAGUCCCACUUGAGAAAUGCAUCAUACUUAGGAGCAAUUCAAGAGCUAGCAGAUCGAGGAGAGCAGCAAAACUACGAUGUUAGGGCUGGAUUACAGAAAGUAUUACAAGUUUUCAUCACUAAUGCAGCAAAUAUUUUCUUGUUAGAAGCUGAAGAUGAUGGGAAUUUGCUUCUCGAACAGGUUGAUUUAUGUAAGCGUGUCUUGAACAUCUACAGACACAUUAUUUUGAAUAUACAGCUUGCACCUAAAACUUGGGAGCAGACCUUAUUGGUAUUAUUAUGUGUUACCUCUGGUGUUUUGAAGAAGAGCCCACCCACAGAUCGGUUCCGAACUUUGGGAGGAAAACUUGUUCAGCCAAUCUUUCAAACACUGAUUGUCACAUGGAUCAAAGCAAAUUUAAGUGUAUAUAUAUCAGCUGACUUGUGGCACCAGUUGCUCGACGUAUUGUCAUCACUGACAUCUUGGGAUGAACUCAUCAAAGAAUGGUCGAAAACUAUCAACACACUAACACGCGUGCUUGCACGCCAGGUUUAUAACCUUGAUAUGCAUGACUUACCUUUGGACAGACUUACUGAACAGAAAGAGAAAAAGCGACGGGGCAAGAUUCAAGACCCACUGAUGUCCUGCAGUGUGUGGAAUGAUCUGAAUACAACCCCAGUUCAAAGAGCCACCCACCCCAUUCCGAAUACUACUGAAGGUCCUUCCAGAUCUAAAUCUUCAGAACAGAAUGUAUCCCGCGCUUGUAUCACAAGUGAUAGUGGGCUACCCAGAGCCCCCUCUGUUUCUUCAAGCACCCCUGACACUCCAUUUGAUCGAGGCAAAUUCAAGAGUGAAGGCGCAGGAGGACUAAAAAGCCGGACCGAGCUACAUAAGCAGCGUUCGCUGAGCGGAGAGCCCUCUCCUUGCCACUCGCGCACUGCCUCUGUUGCUUCUGACUCAAUGAUCAGAAGCAGCAGUGAAGGCAAUUUAGCCGAUCCUCGGGAACUGGCUGAAAGGUUAAAAGGUGCCAGUUGCCAAUCUGAUCAGAAAGAAAUUAGUAUCACAGAUAAUGAAGACUUUCACACUGCUGCUGCAGCAGGGAGACGCACAUCAUUGUCUGGAGGAGAGGAUCAGGACCAUGAAGUAGCUGUGAUAACCACCACCACGACGACAACCAUGACGACGACAACAACAGCAGCAACAACCACCACCACCACAACAACAACUACAUCAUCCUCAUCAUCAACAACUGUGAUACAUGAAAUCGAAGGCAGUGACAGUAGUACUGGUAACGGAAGCGAAAACAUUACAUGUACUGCAUUAUUGCCAUCAACAGACUCCAUGCUCGAUGCUAUCAGCUUAGAAAAGUCAGACUUGGAGAAUUCCGGAAGGUUGUCGCGGACGCCGUCAAUAAUGUCAAUCCAUUCUAAGUCAGAUUCUCGUAGCCAGUCACCAACAAGUGAACUGGCUGUGGAACUCAAUCCAAAAGACAGUCCUACUCCAGAUCGUGAUAGCUUACAUAUUGAUGUUGUGGCUGGAUCGGGGGCAGAUGAAGGCCCCAUAAAUCGAGAGUCUAUUGCUGGAGUGGACAAUUUUGAGGAGUACAAGAGUGUACUGGCUGGUGGCUAUAUCAUGGGUUGGACACCUGACGUUGCUGUGGUGCUGUGGCGGAGGAUGCUGGGAGUGUUAGGCAAUGUCAAUGAAAUAGAAAGUACUGAAAUCCACACAUCCGUCUAUAAGUGUCUCCAAGGACUCAUGGAGACAAUGAUUAAGAUGAGAGAAAAUCUUGGAGUGACAUUAGACAACCAAUGUUCUCCAGCACCUCCAGAGUUGAUUCCACCUCUCGCCAUAUUUUCUUCAUGGUUAUUUGAAUGUUUGCAGUUGCCGAACAGAUACAAAAAUAGCAAAUUGAUAGCAUAUCAACUCCUUUGCCAAAUGUUUGUACGUCGUGACAAUACAUUUUUACCUUUGGAUUCACUCACUCACUUCUAUCAGGCCUUGCAUUUGGGACUGGUUUCCCAGGAGCAGGAUAUGGUAAAUGUUUUAGUGAAACACUGUGGGCCUUGGUUUUUUUCCGCCCCUCUGCCAGGUUCAACACUGCUCAUAUUAGAUUCGAUCCAUGCUGCUGGAACUAUUAUCUCUAGCUCUGAUCCAGAGGUGCCCAAAACUGAAGCUGUGGCUCUGUUGGGUGCGUUGAUUUGCUUCCCCAAUCAUUUUGGUGAUCUACGGGUGUUGCAGCCCAAGACGUUGGUCUGUACACAGAUAGCUGCUAAUGAAUUCAAGGAUCUUAUAGUUGACCAGCUAUUGAAGGCAGGAAAACUAGACUCGGUAAGCUCAGCAAGGUGUAUAGCUUUGAGCAGUUUAGGUAUUUUCCUGUAUGAAGAAUUGGUACAUGGUACACUACAUCCAAAAAUUAAAGAAGCUAUUAAUGUAUUGCUUGGUGCUCUGAAGUGUUCUACUAAAAUGGUGGCCAAGGUGGCAUCAGAUAUGUUGAUGUUGCUCUGUGAUCAUGUUGACACGUUUCUCAGCUAUCUGCCGGAUUUACCAAAGAAGAUCAUUGAAGCAAUUGCCUUAACUGUUACAGAGAUCAUGCCAAGUCCGGAUCAACCAUGCAAUGAAGACCAAAAGCGGUUACUGGAGUCUAUGUUGUUCACAACUGUUGAGUGGUGUAUGCAGAUGCCAAUGCAUCUUCUGUUGGAACCAACUGAAAAUGAGAAACCUUUACUUCAUAAAGUAUUUCAAGUUCUGAAUGCUGCUGUUACGGGACAGACGACGGCAUCACUUUCAAGAGGUAGCCACUCAUUCUCUGACUUUGUCUCAGAAAUGGACAUGGACAGAGAGGCACUACUAGGCAGCACGAGUGGCUCGAAACUGUUUCCUGCAGAAUCAGUUGAGAACACAAAUGUUGAAAACCCAAAAGGCCUUUGCCCAUUUGAAGCACCAGUAAAGCAAGAAACAGAUAUUCUUAAACUAGCAGCUAAAACGUUAAUGACCCAUUUAGUUAACCACCUGAGCCAUUUCCCAAUGGGUGAUGGUGCUGCUAAACUGAGCAGUUGUGUACAAGAACAUCAUGAUCUGCCAGAGUUCUGUGACAAUGAUUUGAAACCGGAAAUCUUCCAAGCAACGAAUGUGCAGUUCUUUGUCCUUAAUCAUCAGUCACUGAUAUCUUUUGUUGAGCUACCUGCUUUGUCUGAUUCAUCUGGAAGAAGUGUGACUGCUGGUUUGACCACUGCCAAAACCGUGUGCCGUGUGAUCAUUCGAGACCUGAGUGGAAAAUACUGCUGGGAGAACUCUGUGCUCUAUGGUCCUCCAUGGUAUCAGAAGGAUCCAACGCCACAGGUUAAAAAAGUUGAAUCCCCUCUUGUUAAUGGCCCGUCCAAUAUGCAAUUUUCAUCCGUCAAGAUGGAAGCAGAACCACAUACCAACCAAGAGAACUGUGAUAGCAAGCCUCAGGAUUUGAGGCCACCUCAUCCUGAAGUUGUAGAACUACCUGAAGGCCACACUCCAGACCUUGAUAAUUUGGAUCAACUGCUCCGGUAUAUUGGUUAUGCAAGUCCUGAGUGCCUACUAAUGCCUGGAGUACCUCUUAACAUAGCAGCACCAAUUCCUGAGAAGUUGAGCACUCAAGCUGAGGAAAUGAUGACAAACCUAGUCCUGCAACAAAAAGAGGCAGAACUAGAUUAUUACUACCAGCACAAAUCUGAUCCACGACGAACCGAGGAGAGACCUAUGGUAGCUAAUCCUCAGAUGACUACUGAAAUUAAAGAUCCUGUGUCCCCAUUUCAAAUCUCCCGGUCACUACUUGAUCAGAUGGGCCUGCUGUCUUGGGAGAGAAGAUGUCAUUUUGAUUUAUUGAAGAAAAGUGACAAAUUGUUACGAGAACUGAAAAAUUUGGACAGCCAAAAAUGCCGUGACACCCACAAAGUUGCUGUGAUAUAUGUCGCUGAAGGUCAGGAAGAUAAACACUCAAUACUUGCUAACUGUGGAGGAAGCAAAGCUUAUGAAGAUUUUGUUAGUGGUUUAGGCUGGGAAGUGGAUCUUGAACAACAUGUUGGUUUUCUUGGAGGAUUGCAACAGAACAAGACUACAGGAGAGACUGCCCCCUAUUAUGCUAAUUCAACAUGUGAAGUUAUUUACCACGUUUCCACUCGCAUGCCAACUGGUAAUGAUGCAGCUAUGCAUAUCAAGAUGAGGCAUCUUGGGAAUGAUGAGGUCCAUAUAGUGUGGUCAGAACAUAGUCGAGACUAUCGCAGGAACAUUAUUCCGACAGAAUUUGGGGAUAUUCUCAUCAUUAUUUACCCACUUCCAAAUGGACUUUUUAGGAUUCACAUUAACAAGAAACCUGAUAUUCAUUUUGGCCCAUUGUUUGAUGGUGCAAUAGUCAAUUCCAAAGUCCUCCCUUGUCUAGUCCGAGCCACAGCCAUCAAUGCGAGCAGAACAAAGCGGGCUCUGAUGCCCCUCUACCAUUCCCACUAUGAAGAACGUGCUAAGUGCCUGGGCAACAUCAUCCAGAAACACAUAGAACUGACCAUGUUUGAGGACUUUGCUGCUAAUGUCUUUGCGCCAGUCUUUCCAGACACAUCUGCAACAGUUGACCAACCUACAUCUGCAACAACCGCUAACGCAGCAGAUACACCAGCCAUCAGCUCUUCUAACUCUUCAGCCAAGUUGUCUUCAGCUUCUUUUUCACCUUCCCAGGUGUCUGCUCGCCAGUCCAGAGACUUGAAUUUCCAUCGUCAGUAUUGUGUUCAGAAAUCUCCUGUCUUGUGGGAUUAUGUCCUGCUGAUUUAGCAGCUGGUCCUCCUCUUCUACCGAAGACUGCUUUUGCCUGUCAGCAGAAUCCUCUUAUACAUCAAUCAUCGACUAAUUUAUACAUUAUAUAUGCAACGAUAAUAACAGUAAUGGUGAUUAUUAUUAUUAUUAUUUUUGUUUUUUUUUUACAUUGGCACAGGGUUGCACAUUUGUAGGGAAGGAGUUUUAUCACUGGAAUCGACCAAGAAUCUUAGUCCUGAUGGAAUUUGAACUGGGGCACAAUCAAAUAUUAAACUAGGCACCCUUGACGUGUAUUGGCUGAGCUUCCUUUUUCACAACUUUCCAACCCUCUCCAUAAUAAUAACUGUUUCAAAUUUUGGCACAAGGCCAGCAAUUUUUAAGAGAGCGGGCAAGUUGAUUAAAUUUGUUAUUGAUGAGCACUUUAUUUUAUUGACCCUGAAAGGAUGAAAGGCAAAGUUGACCUUGGUGGGAUAUGAAUA